CACCUACCGUACCAGACCCGAGAAGCAACGGAGCAACAUUCGUAUUUCUGACAUGGGCUGCUGACCAAACAACUUGUACUKUAUUUAGGUGAUUGCAUUCGAUUCGAUACGAGAGAGAGAGAGAGUCCCAGAGGCGCCACACCCCGGAGCAUACCAGGGACAAACCCACCAGCUAGCACGCCAUGGCAUCCGCUCUCGUGGCAUCGGCGACGUCGACGUCUCCGGCGGUGGCCGAGAGGACCGGCGAGGAGGGCCACGACAUCRACCGCCGCCGCGAGGCCACGAGUGCUCCCAUCGGAUCCGCCCCGGAGGGCAGCGAGGCUUCCGCCUCCGCCGGGGACGAUUCUGGAAGCGGCAGCCCGGACACGGUGGACCGCAAGCGCCCCCCGUCCGGUSCGGGGGCCGGGGAUCCCCUCCCGGGACAGGCGGGCGAACCCGAGAAGCCGGUGGGCGCCGGAACGAAACAGCAGGGGCUGUCGGCGGCCAAGGACGAUUCCGGGAUUCCGGGAAGGACCGUGGCAACCUCCRCAAAGGGCUUUGGGGAGGGACCGCUGCCGAGGGAGCUGCGGCGCAUCAUACUCGAGGUGGCGAAGACCGGAAAGUGCUCCUGGCUUUCCUGGAACCAGGAGACGGCAACGCUGUCUUCAAAGAGAGACGCCGACGGAGCAAAAUCGACUGCUUCYCUCGGUUCCAACARCGGUUCGGGGCAUCCCCCGGCGGCUCCUUCCAAGGCGUCGCCGGCAAAAAAGCCUUCGUCUUCGUCUCCCUCGUCUCAGUACGCAGCCUCCCUGACGGCCGCAACGGGAAACGUGGGGGGAAGGGUGCGGAAACACCCCUCCUUUGGUGGGGGAACRGCCACGCCGAGGCGGGGCCACCUGCCCCGAAAGCGGCACCGAAACGGAGGCGUCCUCAAGGGAGGGGAAAGGAUGCGCUUCGGCAACCCCGACGGGGUCUUUGGCCGGAGCGGUUCCUCCCCGAGCAGCCGGAAACGCCCCCUCGUCUUUGUGCGGACCGGCAGCAACGYUUYSGGGGGGAAUGCGAACAACCCAAACAGCAGCGGAAGCAGCGCCGGCUCCGUUUCCGGCAGCGCGCCGAACAACGCUCCCAACGCCACCGCCACGAACGCGCCCGGCGGGACGUCCUUUCCGGGCGCGACGCUCGGUGGGAUGUAUUCCUCCGCUCCCAGUUCGGUCGGGAGCGGGAGAUCGACGGGGAGCGAGCCCGACUACGACUCGGCCCAGUACGAGUGCGACUCGGAGGGAACCUCGGCGACCACCAACAGCGAGAUCAGCCUGCGGAAGACGAACCGGCACAAACGGUCCGGCACCGCGAGCACACAGGGCGCCCAGAUCAACAGUGGCGUGGACACGUGGACGGACACGGGAACGAUGGGCGACGGGGAAGACGAAACCAACAGCGUGGACGGGAGCAACGCCAUACCCGGAUCGCCCUACAAGACCCUGCAGACAGCCUUUCGAGGGGCCCUCGGGCUGGUCCUGGACCACUUCUACCAGAACCGGGGCAGCGGGUACAAGCUGUCGCCGGCGGAGAAGAAGCGGAACGAGCGCUUUGCCGAAACCGCGGGCGCAAACAGCGGCAGCUCCGGCCGCGGCGACUCGGCAAUGAAGAGCGACAARCUGGCCUCGCUGCUGUCGUCGGAGUACGUCUUUCAGCAGCGGCGCCAGCGGCUGAUGGCGAUGCUCCUGCCGGGGAUGCCCCACAGCGGGCACGACAGCAUUCCCGACGAGCCCCCGUUUACCAUCCAGCGCAUCGCGGAGGUUCUGAUUGCUCCGGACCGAGUAAGUGCAAGGGUCCCGUGGCGUGGCAAUGCCCGUGCCUUGGCUUUCACAAGAACGGAAAACUCACCACGAUUCUUUGCUUUGUUUUUUUAGUAUUACACGCAACCGCACAAACUAUGCAAUUGCUUGGAAAAACUUCUGUUGGUGAAUUCAUCGACCGAUUCGUUUGGGGGAAGUUCUGGUGGGGAUACUUCUCAACGGCGGAGAGAAGAAAGGGAACUGGCCGCGCUUGCGGACGAAAAGGGGCGCCAAGAACACAACCUACGACAACGCAGGCUAUCGAACAAUCGGAAGACACCAAUCGACGAGCUUGUUGAGGGUGGCAACGCAGAGUCAUUCUUUCCUUUGCAAAAGACUUCGGAACAGGYACCAAUCUCCCGGGAAGAACCAUCUACAGUGCAYAACAAUAACAACAACGACAAUACGGCAUAUGAAGCAAAAUCGAGGGCCUCGCCAGAAAAAUCGGGGAACGUGAACGAGCCAAUCGGUGGCAGCAAUCACGAGGCGACAAACACCGGUCAGAAAGCCGGCGUUGCAGCUGCCCCGGAUGCUUCUACGUCACGAGAGAUGCUCGAGGCACUGGCCCGCGCAUCGCUGCGGACGAGGUUCGACCAGGACGGAAUCAAUUCGCAACACAAUCCAUCGAAUGCCAAGAACGAACAGGAUGUCCGUGCCAUUGCCGAGAAUCGUGGAAUGACCAACUCGCCUCCGCUUCCGAGCCUCAACAUGGCUUCGGYUGCCGGUAUUGCGCUCCCCGGUCACGGAGGCGUCAACGGCAUGGCCCGACAAUACCUUUCCGACCAACCACCGCAAAACUCGGAUCAUCCUUCGAUAGCGCGUGCCGGUUCUCCCAUUCUUUUCCCCCCGGGAAACGAGUCCCAUCUGGAUACGACGGCAACAAACAUGCACAUGCUGCAGCUCCACCAUGCCGUUGCCAUGGCCGGUGCUUCACUGAACCGAACGAACAAUACACCCACGCUGGAUAAUCUCAUGACCAUCGACGCAAACACUAUUUCGCAAAUGAGAUCUCACACGGGUGCUACGGGAACGGGGCCSGGAUCAGAAAGCACGGACGGCAGGUCGUCUGCCUCGAACUCCGACAUUGACUCMGAAUCGGACGAUAUUUCGUUCGACGAUUCGGCGUCGGAUCGCAGCGAUGGAUCGGACUCGGGAUCUGCGAGUGCACACUACGAACCCUUCACCGCAGCCAGGGCCAUGGCUCUGAACCGGAUGCAGCAACAGCAGCGUUUGCAAAGCAGGGUGUUGACAUCUCUCGGGACAUCCUUUCAGGGCGAAGGGUACCGGCCUCCCGCAGAUUCGGAAUACCAGAGCGGCGACAGCAUCGAUUCCACUAGGGCCGAGGACUCUGGAGGCAGCGACUCGAGUGACAUGACGGACUAACCUUGCUGCGUUUUUCACGAGUUUAGCUGGGUGUGGACGCCAUUUUCAAAACGUUCGGCGGCUUGGACAACGAUUACAA